UCAUGUGUUGAGCUCUGGUCUUUACUUUUCCACAGAAACACCAACACAUCAUCCAAGUAUGACAAUAUCACCUGCAAAGUUAAGAUCCAUUCAGGAUCUCCCACUCUGUACCAGCUAAAACCAAAGGAAAAGAAGAUUGGAACUCUGAAACGAAUGACUCUUGGUGAAAAAGAUCCAAACAAGGAAAACAAAACCAUCUUACUUGUUGGUGAAUCAGGAACAGGAAAAUCUACUCUAAUCAACGCUCUGGUCAACUACGCCAUGGGAGUGGAGUGGGAGGAUGAUGUCUGGUUUCAGAUAGUAGAAGAAGAGAAGAAAAAACAAUCAGAAAGUCAGACAUCAGAUGUGAUCGUUUACCAGAUCUUUGGUUUUGAAGAUAAACCUCUACCCUACUCUCUGACCAUCAUCGAUACUCCUGGAUAUGGAAGCACUGAUGGGAUUGAAAAAGAUGCCAGUGUCAGUCAAAGAUUAUUUGACUUGUUCCGCUCAGACGAUGGAGUUGAUGAGAUUGAUGCAGUGGGUCUGGUGAUGAAAGGGAGUGACAAUCGACUGAAUGACCAUCUGAGGUACAUCUUUGAUUCAGUGGUGUCUCUGUUUGGAAAAGACCUGGAGAAGAACAUCGUCACUCUCAUCUCACACGCAAAUGUAGGAGCAUCUAAAAAUGCUCUGGAAGCUCUCGAGGCUGCAAAGAUUAAAUGUGCCAGAAAUGACAAGAAUCAGCCUGUUCACUUCCUGUUUAAUAACUGCCAACAUGAAGACAGGACAGAGGAUACAGAAGACUUUGAACAUGCAGUUAAAAAAUCAAUGAAAGGGAUGAAGCAGUUCACAAACUUUCUUGAAACAACUGAUCCUCAGAAGUUGGAGACAACCGUGAAUGUCCUGAACGAGCGAAUUAGACUGACAGCCUGCAUCCAAAACCUGGAGGAGAGAACUGAGUUGAUAGAUCUAAAGAAAACAGAGAUCCAACAGACUGAGGAUGGUCUGAAGAUGUAUGAACGAGAGAUGAAGAACAAUGAGAAGUUCACUAUAGAAGUUGAUGAGGUCUACAAAGAUAAAGAACGUAUCGAUAGUGGGAUGUGGGGGUUGGUGUUCUAUGAAGCAGCUGUCUGCUGUACUGUCUGUGAGGAGAACUGUCACUACCCUGGAUGCACAAUGGCCUGGAAACCAGAACACUGUGAGGUCAUGAAAGGUGGCCACUGCACUUCAUGUACCAGGAAGUGUCCUGUGUCAGCUCAUGUGAAAGAAAACUGGAAGUAUGUGAACAAGACAAGAAAAGUUAAAAAAAACUCUAGAAGAUGUGAAAGCAAAGUAUGAAACGAAGAAAGAAGAAACUCAGAAGAAAGAGAGCCUUUUGGAAACUUUUCAGAAAGAGCUGGAAACCCUGGAAGAAACGAAAACAGCUUUGGUGGAGGAAGCCUACCAGCAUGUUGUCAAACUGGAGGAGAUCGCCCUGAAUGUCCUUUCACUGUCUACUUAUGUCCACCUGGAUUUCCUGAUUGAGGAGAUGGAGAA